ACACAGAACAGUGACCUUCCCAAGAUGGCGGGGUUUUUGUGACUCGUUGCCUUUUAGCACGAGUGGUUUUAUAACUCGGACUAAAAUGGACUGGACGAUUCGGACAGCCAACCUUGAAGACUGUAAGGACAUCUGGCGCAUGAUGUCAGAGCUGUCAGAGUAUGAGAAAGUUGCAAAUCAGGUUACAAUUACACAAAAAGACCUAGAGCAGGAUGGGUUCUCUAAAAACCCAUUUUUCCACGCACUAAUUGCUGAGGUUCCAGAACAGAACAAGACCAAAGAUGGCCAUACAAAAAUAGGAUUUUCCAUGUACUUCUACACUUACAGUUCAUGGAAAGGUCGAGCUGUUUACAUGGAGGACUUGUAUGUGAUGCCAGAGUUCAGAGGAAAAGGCAUUGGCAAGGCAUUGAUGAGCAAAGUGGCACAGAUGGGACGGACUGCUGGCUGCACUCAGCUCAAUUUUACAGUGUUGAACUGGAACAAAACAGCGCUGGACUUUUACCUGAAUCAGGGUUCUAUGGACGUGACCUCUGACCUGGGUUACCAUUACAUGUGCUGUCAUGGGGAUGCCUUUCAAAAUUUGGCUGAUAGCGAGUUUUAAAUUUCCAGUUCAUUUCAGGUUCAUUCUUUCUAAAGAACUAAUUUAAAUUUAGUGCAGUGUGAGAGGUUAUUGGUCCAGCUCUGAUGGAAGCAAAAUACUUCUGCUGAUGUGAAACUUGAUUGUGUGUGUGUGUGUGUGUGUGUGUGUGUGUGUGUGUGUGUGUGUGUGUGUGUGUGUGUGUGUGUGUGUACACAUUUCUUUCUUAAAGGUGGGGUCUCUGUUGUUUGAAAGCCAAUGCUGACAUUAGAAAUCACCAAAACAAACACGCCCCGAACCCAAAUGGGUCUCACCCCUGUUUUUAUAGCUCCACCCCACACAUACACAGGGACAAGUAUAACCCAAGUAUAACCCAGACAAGUAUUAUGGCGGAACCUGUUGGGGCAGCUGACCGAGGGUAUAUUUUUAUCAAUAAAUGAACUCAAUGAGUAAUACUAUGAUAGUACAAAUUAGUUUUUGUAGUACUGUGUGUUGUACCGUGAAAGGUUCAGCUCCGUUUCACGCGGAAGGAGACGGUCAACACCUAGAACCCGAGGCAGAGCUAAUGUUAGAGGCAGAGGUCGAAACGUUGCUGCCGAUAACAUGGAAACCGAAGACUUGGAGCGUGUGCACAUGUUUCAGGCAUAAAGACUUGCAGUAACACAAGUAAGAGUAUUGAUUUAAAGGUGCCCUGCCACACGUAUUUCAUUACUUUUGUGGUAAUGUCUGAAGUUUACCAUGGACUCUAACAUAUUUUUGUGGAAAAAAUGCCUUGGUUACCUUGUUUCAAGCCAUUCUAGUGUGGUAUAGAAAGCCUGCAGGAAGACUCAGCUUGAUUUGCGCCAGUUCUCAUGAAUAUUCAAAUGAGCUAUGCUGCUUGGCUCUGAUUGGCUAACCACUAGGAUAUGAGAGCAUGACUAUUCAUUCACCCAGCGCAAUAAGUAGCCUAGGCUAGAGGAAAUUUGUUUACAAUCACCUUGAAUUGUGGCAGAAUGGCUUCUUCACAAGCCCGUUUACGUUCAGCCAUCCUUGCUGUAUGGGAAACUCACUAAGCUACACGAAUUCUGGGGGCGCGGUCUCAACUGGGAGAGCUCAUGAAUAGUAAUGAGCUCAGUCACUCUGACGUCAAACUGACCAGCUUUUCCAACUGACCUGAUUUCUACCCUUAUUUCUUUUAAGUGGCUAGAACUGACCGGGGAGGUAGCAGUUCGUUUUCAAAUUCACGACACAACACAAACACAUAUGGACCUAACACAUAAAAAAAUCCAAGUAAAAACGGUUUUGUGUGGAAGGGCACCUUUAAUAUAAUGAACUUUAAUUGAUAGAAAGCCGUAUUCUGUUUGUCCUACGUCUUCCCUUAUCGUAAGCAUUUCUUCGCUUUCUUUGUUUUUAUCUGCCAUGUCAAUGUUAAAACCACUUUCUGCUAAUGUCACACAUGCACACUGAACACUCUCUCCGCCCAUACUGACAAAACAUGCCCUUUCUGCUUAUUGGUUACACAUUAGUUUUGUUUUUGUUUUGUUUGGCGGCCCAAUGAGGUUUUCUGAAGCAUUUCUCAAACAACGGAGACCCUACCUUUAAUAGUAAGUGUCUGUUGUUCAGAGGAUGAUGAUAACCAGUGUUCUAUUAACCACAGGAUAUUGUUACAUACUGUAAUGUGUUUAUAAUUAUUGAAAAUGGUGCUAUUUGUUAUAAUAGAUAAUCAUGUGUUCACAAAAAAGGAAAAAGUCAUGUCCAGUUGAUACAAGCUUGGCAGUCUGCUAAAAUCUCUCAUGUUCAGAUUUGGUCAUUUUCCUGAACUAAAAUAUAUCUUUAUAUUUGAAUUAUAAGAAGUAAAGUUAUAGCAUGGUUUACAAUGGUAAAUGAAUUAUAAUUUGGGUCUGUCACAUUUAGCUCAGGUACUCUCCAUAUUUAAACACCAGCCUAAUCUUUUUCUCUUCACUUGACUGACUUAAGUGAAAAAACAUAUAAUAAAUGUUUAAAAUGAAAGUGAAGUUCAAAAAUAAAAACUACACUCUGUGGCAGUAGGCAUUUAUUUAUCUAUUUGUAACGCAAAAUUACAAGAGCAAUAUGUGCAUAAGUGCACUAAAAAAAUUAACUAUCCGUAUUGUUAGUUUUCCUUGUUCUCAUAACAUAAAAAUGCAACUACAUUAACAUAAGUUAACUAAAUUAUUUAUACUAGAAAUAUAGUACUGUUGGUUUUACAUAAGUGUUUGUUUGGUCAACUUAACAUUGUUGAGUAAAACACAAAACUCCAUAAAACUGGACCAUUGCGGGUACCGUAGCACCUUGUGGGGAGGCGGAGCAACGAGACGGAAAACAAUCGAAAGUGCGAAACGCCUUUAGGAGAAGAAGAUCGGGAUUCUGUCAGAUGGAUAUUUUAUUUUAAUUCUUUACCAUCCUGAUAAAUACUUCCAGGAAAAAGUGAUGUAGGUCUCCACAGAGUUUAACUAAUUUACAUUAUUAGUCUAUUUUGUAGUCUUUAGUCUUUUUUUUAUUCAUUUUAGGCACAUGUGCUAACUUAGCGUUUCUCAAGGAAAGCAUGUAGCAGUGUAAGGACUUGUGAGAAAUUACAGAUAAAUGUACCCAGAUUCCACUCGAAGAUACAAAUCCAAAAGAGCUCAUUUCUAAAAAGGCUUACGUAUAAUAAGGUAAUACAUUUAGUACUCUAAAUGAAUAAACCUGAUAAAAUCGUUAGUAUGGGAGCGGCAGCAGGAAAUCAAGGACCACCACUAACAACUUGAGCAUGAUUUGUCUUAUGUUC